CAGGCGACUCUCCCGCUCUGUAUUGGGACUGAAGCCUCUGCUCGCCGCGGUCAGUUGAGGAGAAAACGCCAAAGAACAUGCAAGAACGGACCAAAACAGCUGCAGCACGUCAUUCAACUAUAGUCCUGUAUUUUUAAGCAGCAUUUUCUCACAGACCACUCUCCGCUGUAGCCUCGUAUUGUCCCAGCAAUGGGGUUUGAUACCCCUCACUGUCUGUGGACUUGAGCAGAAGGUGCCCCGGUGGGGUAUCGGGAGCAACUUCGUGUUGUAGGCUAAGUCCGUUAGCCUAGGCUGUGCGUUAUUAAUCUUCAGAGCUACCGCUGGAUAAAAGAGCAGUGUGGUGUGGCAGGAUGUCCACCUUGCUUCAGCCUUCCAGUCUGUUUUUUCUCAUUUUAGCGUGACUUACGUUGGUCUGCAAUGGUCUCUGUCGGGCUAGUCAGACCCCAGUAGUGACAAAGCAAACGGAAACUGAGGCUCAGGCUGCUGUGAAGCACCAGCGCUGUCAUCGGAGCAGCCACCAUAACGACACCUGAGAUGGCCAACAGCAACGACUCCGUUCAGGCAGACCCUGGCAGUUCGAUACUGGAGCAGCUGGGUUUGGACCCAAACUCUGAUUUCUCAGACUGUGGCGUGCAACAGCGUCUGGAGGAGCAGCGGGAGCGGAUCCGGAAAGAGAUCCGGAAAGAGUUGAAGAUAAAGGAGGGGGCGGAGAACCUGCGCCGCGCAACAACCGACAAACGCAAUGCACACCAAGUGGAGAGCCAGUUACGCUCCUCUAAGCGCAAACUGGACACACUGCACACACAGCUGCAGGAGCUCGACGCUCACAUCAUGGUGAAGGGACCUGACGAGAGCAAAGAUGACCUCCAGUCUGUGGGGACACCGGGUCGCUCUUCAGCCAACCAGGACCGAAUCACAGCUCUGCAGAGACAGCUUAAUAUUGAGCUGAAGGUCAAACAGGGGGCGGAGAACAUGAUCCCCAUCUAUGCUAACGGAGCUACUAAGGACAAGAAGCUGCUGCAGACUGCACAGCAGAUGCUUCAAGACAGCAAGACCAAGAUUGACAUCAUCCGCAUGCAGAUUCGCAAAGCCAUGCAGGCCACAGAGCACACAGACGACUCACAGGACCUGUGUGGCGUGGAGCUGAGGAUAGAGGAGUUGUGGCAUCAUUACCGUGUUGAGCAUGCCAUGGCUGAGGGGGCCAAGAACAUGCUGAGGCUGCUGGGAGCUGGGAAGGCUCAGGAUAAGAAGGCCAUAACGGAGGCUCAGUGUAGGCUGAGUGAGGCAUCUCAGCGGUUAGAUCUGUUGAAGGAGUCUCUGGAGCAACGGUUGGUGGAGUUGCCGGAAGAUCACCCUAAAGCAUGUCUGAUUAAAGAGGAGCUGAUUUUAGCCUCCUCUUCAGCCUUCAGCGCACACCAUGGCUCCCCAUAUGUCCAUAACCAGUACAGCACCCUCAGCAAACCAUCCCCACUCACAGGGACUCUGCAGGUGCGCUUGUUGGGCUGUGUUGGUCUGUUAGAGGUCGUUCCUGGCCGAAGUAGAACCUCCGCUGUGGUUUUACCCAGUUUCAGCCCUGGAGACGGACGGCCCUUUAAACUCGGCCUAUACAGCCGCAACAGCAGCCUCAGCAUCAAAACACCCAGCAAAACAGAUGAGCCAUCCUCUGAGGUCAGUGCUGUGUUAAAGCUGGAGAACACGGUGGUUGGUCAGACGAAUUGGAGAACAGUAGGAGAACAGGCAUGGGACCAGAGCUUCACUUUAGAACUGGAGAGGUCCAGAGAGAUGGAGAUAGCUGUUUACUGGAGGGAUUAUCGCUCUCUCUGCGGUCUGAAGUACCUCAAACUAGAGGAUUUCCUGGACAACCAGAGGCACAGAAUACAGCUGGAGUUAGAACCACAGGGCCUACUGCUCGCUGAGGUGACAUUCUUUAACCCUGUAAUAGAGAGAGGUCCACGAUUGCAGCGGCAAAAGAAAGUUUUCUCCAAACAACAGGGUAAAGCGUUUUUGCGAGCUAAGCAGAUGGAUGUGGACAUCGCCACCUGGGUCCGACUGUUAAAGAAUAUGAUCCCAUCCAGCACCUCGACUAACAGCUACUCGCACAACUCACAUACACACAGUGCAGGAGUGAUCUCAGUGGAGAAGCUGACCCUGGAUAGUGAAUCUCCUCCACGAUCAGAGAGCCGCAGAGACGUUACAGACGCAGCACUGCAGGUUAUAGAGCCAUUCUCUCCUCCUGAUUUGGCUCCAGAACGACAGGUCAGCAGGGUCAGUUCCCACAAUUCCCAGCGCAGGCAGAGCAAAGGUCCACUUUGUUUGCAGGAUUUUCGACUCAUCGCUGUGUUAGGAAGAGGACAUUUUGGCAAGGUGUUAUUGUCGGAGCACAAGUUCUCUGGCAGUCUGUUCGCCAUCAAAGCGCUGAAGAAAGGAGACAUUAUAGCCCGAGAUGAAGUAGAGAGUCUGAUGUGUGAGAAGCGGAUCUUCGAGACAGUAAACAGUUCUCAUCACCCGUUCCUGGUGAACCUGUUUGGGUGUUUUCAGACGGAGGAGCAUGUUUGUUUUGUUAUGGAGUACACGGCUGGAGGAGACCUGAUGAUGCACAUCCACGCUGACGUCUUCUCUGAGCCACGCUCUGUGUUUUAUGCUGCUUGUGUGGUUCUGGGCCUACAGUUCCUUCAUGACAAUAAGAUUGUGUACAGGGAUCUGAAGCUGGAUAACUUGCUGCUGGACACUGAUGGCUUUGUGAAGAUUGCUGACUUCGGUCUUUGCAAAGAAGGGAUGGGUUAUGGGGACAGGACGAGUACAUUCUGUGGUACUCCUGAGUUUUUGGCUCCAGAGGUUUUGACUGAUUCUUCCUACUCUCGAGCUGUGGACUGGUGGGGGCUCGGGGUGCUCAUAUAUGAGAUGCUGGUCGGAGAGUCCCCAUUCCCAGGUGAUGAUGAGGAGGAGGUGUUUGACAGCAUUGUGAAUGAUGAAGUACGUUACCCACGAUUCCUUUCUACAGAGGCAAUCAGCCUAAUGAGACGGUUGCUCAGACGGAACCCUGAGAGGAGGUUGGGCUCCAGUGAAAGAGAUGCAGAGGAUGUAAAGAAACAGCCUUUCUUUAGGAAUAUAGAAUGGGAGGCUCUCCUGCAGAGGAAAGUGACACCUCCCUUCGUGCCCUCUGUAAGAGAUAAGGAAGACGUCAGUAAUUUUGACGCUGAAUUUACCACGGAGGCUCCCGCUCUGACUCCGCCCCGCGAGCGUCGGACACUUUCCCGCAAAGACCAGGACUGGUUCAGAGACUUCGAUUACGUCUCUGACCUCUGCUAGAUAAAAAGGAAACAAGUAUUUUGCAGGUUAGAACUCAAAAUGAUGGUGAUACUGUGAUUCAGAGACUUGGGCUGUGUUCCAGUCUGUCAAAAGUCCUACAGGUGCUCCCUUCAGCCUGCUCCAUCGGUACAGGCUGUGGAGCCAGGGAGUGCUGGGUUUAAUUUCAGUUUGGACAUUGUUGCUCCUAGAUAGUGCUGUUUAUCCUCAGGUUUAGAACUAUGAAGAACACUGGAGGUUAGAGGGCCCCAUUUAAGAAGAUGAAAGAGAGAACACUCGCCUAUUAAUCAUACUGAGUGGACAUGAGAGGGCAAGAGUGCUUGCUUGCACAUAUUUUGAAGAUCCAAGACCUUUGUGUAAUCUGGACUAUGAAUAAAGGGCUGAGAAAUAAAUAAAUAAAUGGGCUUUAAUAAUCCAGUUAUAUGAAGCUCAGUGGAAGAAGCUCAAGGUCAGGAGCAAAUGGAUUCCUCCAGGAUUUUAAAAGCAGUUCAGUAGUAGCAUCAUAUACCUGCACUGUGACACCUCACAUUGUUCACAAGUUCACAUUUGUGAACAAAAAAAUUGGGCUGGGCGGUAUGACAGCAAUGUAACAUCAUGAUACUUGAAAACACGAUAUCAUAACAUUUCAUUCUUCAGAGGUUUGAUAAGUUGGAACAGGCACAAUGCACCAGUAGUGCCACAUUGAAUAUCAAGCUAUCAAAAUGUUUUUUUGAAUGAACUUUUUUUUGCUUUAGCGUAGAGGUGCACAUCUCCUGUACUGGAGGGAAAGUGUCCAACACAGUUUGAUUAUUUCCCUGCUUAAACACAACUGAUUCAACUCCUAUGUUUUCAGGUUUAGUGGGUGUGUUUGAGUAGAGGAACUACAAGACAAUGCUGGACACCAGCCCUCCAGGACCAGAGUUGUGCACCCCUGCUUUAGUACAUCAUCAGGAUUCAAACUUGCUCUCUCAACACGAGGGUGAAAACAUUGACAGGUCCACCAGUUCGGAGCCUCUUUUAAACCUCGUUAAUUAAACAUGCAGCCAUUUAGUGUUCUAGAAUUACUACCGGUAGUCAUGAUAUACUCACAAACAUGCACUGUGACACAAAGUCAAAGGCCUUCCUUCAUUUAUGUAAUUUCUAGUUAAAACAACCAUUAAGUUAUUAAUUUUCAGAAGGGAUUUUGGAAGGGAUCUGAUUUAAGAUACUUACAUAAGGAAGAGGAAAGUCAAAGGAAAAUAAAAGUUAUUUUUAUAAAAAGAUACGGAAAAAUGGGACUCCUAACAACCAACCACCAUAACUGUCACUGUCAGAUUAAGAGUACUUAAACCUUUGAGAGAGAGGAGAAAAUCAAGUUCCACUCUUACUUCAGAUCUGAAACAAUCCACAGGUGUUUCUGUCCAUCCUUCCACUGUGAGAAGACAGUUCAACACUAUGAGUCUGAAAGGAUGUGUAGCUGUUAGGAAGCCCUCACUGAGAAAAGCAAACAGACAAAGAAGUCAAACAAAGAAGCUGCUGGCGUACUCAAAACAAUGGACUGACCACCCCAAGUGCACACCUCAACAUCGUUGAACGUGUUGGAAGCAGAAAAUGUAUCCACCUGAAUGGAAGCUGUAAUGAUUGGUAAAAAGUAGACAUGCUUUUUACCCCUUCCCUUUGUUUUCGAUUGUCACCUUGCCUCUUGGAACUGAGUUACAAGGGGUAGUGUUGAAAUCUUUCCCCACGAAAUGAGACAAUCCUCAAAUAAAAAAAAAAAAAAACAUUACUUUAAUAAGAGUCUACUAGCAGCACUCUUUCUGCAGUGACAGCAGAGGAGGGUAAAGUUCAGCAACCUCGGUGCUGGACUUUAGUUGGGGCGGGGUGGAGGGGCAAUUAUUUAUUAUCACCCACCUCUUAUUCUUCAGUGAUGUGAAGCUGAAGUCAGCUAUCUGCCAGCUUCAUGUUCGAAUUUUCUGGUUCCACCUUAUGUGGUGGAAUGAGAAAUUUGGCUAGCUAACGAGAUAUCAGCAUUCUAUUAGCUAUUUUUUAUGUUUGUUAUAAAGUAAAGAACCAUAAAACAUUGAAUCGACAUUAAUUAAGAUGAUACAGUGGUUAUCUUUUUUUUUUUAAAUACGUUUAUCUUUGGUCGCUUGUUUAGAUAUCUUAUCUUGCCAUUUAUCUUUAUUCUCACAACACUCCGUUUGGAGUGAGCCAAUGAAAAACAUCCGUUUGGAGGGCUAAACUUCAACCUACCCCUCUGUCUCAACAAAAAUGGGACACUCUACCCCUACACGUGAAAGCGCGAAACGGAAGGAUAAGUGAUAGGGGCAAGGGGUGAAAUGAGGCCUUGUUGUUGAGGAUUCUGUGUAAUUAAUUCAAUAAUUAUUAGUUUUCUUAUUUCCUGCUGCUGAAAAAGUAAUAACUUACCCAUUUUGACAUUAAAUAAUUGAAAGGUGGUCUCUGACUUUUUCACAGUGCUGUAGUUUAUUGUAGUAAUGAUGCCAUUUCGUCAUGCCGUCCUCCCCUAUUAAAAUGUGUCACCAAAUCCCCUUUUAGAAUCCAGCUUGUCUUUCCUCUCUUUCUUGUCCUCCUUCUCAAACAUCUUGUCCUUCUCCACCUCCUGUGUCCUGUACGCCUUUUUGUCUGCUCUGGAACUGAAUGUCUAUUUGAACACAGGUUGUUUGCUGACUAAUGUGAUACACAACUGUGACCACAAGAGGGAGGCAGAAUAUGUAUUAUGUUCUUAAAAACUGAAGGGUUUUGUAUGUGUGUGUGAGGCUGUGUACUUUGAUAGUCUUUUUUUUUCCUUUGCCACCUGCUCUGUGUAAAAACGAUGUUUUAUGUGAGUUUAGUUUUGUGGAGUCUGAACUGUCAGUUGUGAUGUCAUGCAGUGUCUGGGUCUAAAAAUGACUAAAAAUAGAAAUGUAUAUAAACCUUUGGCCUGUGUAAUGAGUCUAUUCAACAAAUACACUCACAGGACUGUCAA